AGAGGAUGCGUCUGCCCAGCCGGGACAACGCGUAAAAACAAAAGAUAAAACAAACUGUGUUUGAUAAGCUUUAUCGCCAAAAAGCGUGUCAUCAAGCGUGAAAAUCUGUUCGUCAUGCAGAUUGCUCGUUUUGCAUGGACUAGAUGAUGAUCGGGCAUCGGUGGCAGCAGAGUGGACUGUGUGAAUCAGAGUCUCCCAAAGGAAAUCCUCUUUCCCCGGCUGUGUUGUGCUAACUUUGCAUGCUUCCAUUUAGUGUCGAUUUGCUUGUUUCGUGUUUGUCCUGUGUAAAGUGAAAUUAGCACCCUUUCCCGUUGAACAUUAUGGGGCGUAAUGUACUUCUUAGCAGCCUGCAGAACGCGUCCUUCAGUAUAGUGUUUCAGAUCGUUUGUCGCUGCAUUACCUUCGCGAUCAAUGCGUUCAUCGUGCGAAACGUGGGCCGUGAGGUGCUAGGGAUCACCAACGUGCGCCUGCUGCUGCUGGAGAGCACCCUGCUGUUUCUAUCGAAGGAGGCGAUCCAAAGAUCAGCACUCAGCUCGCGGCACAACAAACAGUGUACCUGGGCACAGCUCAUCAACCAGCUGUGGAUAACUGUUCCGGUCUGUUUGACGCUUGCCAUUCCAUGUCUGUACAUAUGGCUUCAUUGGCUUUCGGCGGUGGAUUCGGUGUACGCCGAACAAUACCGGUUUGGAUGUUUUGCAAUCGCCUUCUCCUGUAUCAUCGAAAUGACGGCUGAGUCGCCCAUCUUCGUCGGGCAAGUGUUUUGCUUCGUGAAGCUGAAGGUCAUCCUCGAUACCGGGCACAUCUGUAUACGCUCCUUCAUCUUCAUCACGAUCGUACUGCUCAAUAAGGACAUUACCAUCUACGCGUUUGGAAUAGCGCAGAUUACCAGUGCCUGCACGAUCAUCGUAGGAAACUAUGCUUUCUACUAUUUCUACAUACCGCGCCUGCUGCAGUAUCGGGCCGAGUUGAAGAAGGUAGACGACAAACGAGUGUUACGAGAAAAGUACGGCCAGCGGUACGAGAAUAUGGAAGACUUUCCCUUCGUUUCCAUUCGUCAAAUGCUUCCAGGAGUGUUACCCAACUCGGGCUCUAUGUUUAAUUCCGAUCUUCAAACGCUGGUACUGAGCUUCGCCAAGCAGGGCAUCCUUAAGCAGGUGCUGACAGAGGGCGAGAAGUACGUCAUGUCUGUGAGUCCCGUGCUUACGUUCAGCGAGCAGGCCACGUACGAUGUGGUGAACAAUAUGGGUAGCCUAGCUGCCCGUUUCAUAUUCCGGCCCAUUGAAGAUAGCAGUUACUUUUACUUUACGCAAUCGAUUUCCCGGGACACACCACUAGCGGAACAACGACAAAGUGCAGUCCAGGAAGCAUCGGAUGUGCUCGCAUACGUGACGAAAACGGUGACUUCGAUUGGGUUGCUGGCGUUUGUGUUUGCGCAAAGCUAUGCCGGACCAGUGCUGCUGUUGUACGGUGGUGCCGAUUUCGUGGAGGGUGGACUACCGGAACUGCUGCUCAGAUGGCACAGCCUUGCCAUUGUGCUGCUCGCCCUAAAUGGUAUCACCGAGGGUUAUAUGUUCGCAACGAACACAUCGCGUCAGAUUGACACGUACAACUACUACAUGGCCUUCUUUUCCGUCACCUUUUUGCUGCUGUCCUACCAGUUGACAAACUGGUUCGGACCGGUCGGAUUCAUCCUUGCCAACUGCUGCAACAUGAGCUUCCGUAUCGGCUACAGUGUGUUUUACGUAGGUAAGCAGUUUCGACACGUUGCACCGAAUCCACUGUUACGAUCUCUUCCUGGCCCACUCUACCUGAGCGUAUUGGGCGUAUGCGGUGUUCUGUGCAAACUGUCCGAGGCGUACUUUGCCGGCCACUCCAUCUUGUGGCAUCUGCUGGUUGGACUGCUCUGCACAGCUGCUUCUGUUGCCGCGUGGAGCUUUGAAAAUCGUCAACUAUUACGAACGGGUAUGGCGCGGUACCGUGCGCGCAAGCAAAGUCUCGCGCCAUCCACCGAUGAACGUUAAACGUGACGUUCUUAAAGCAGCAACAACACAAAACUACUAAGAUACGCAAAACACAAGUGUACCAAAGAGAACCCGCGUUUAUGCUGCGCUUUUCACGACAUGGCAGACAGAUAGAGGAAGGGAAAGCGAUUUUUAAUCUUUUGAGCGGGUCUGACAAUAAUUUGUUGUGUUUGUGUUUGCUUGCCUGUUCUACUACCGUCCACUAUGCACGAAUGUUGUUUGAAUGAAGAAAAAACGCAAACAGACUUGUAGAAUAUAUUCUACAAUCCACAUAUCGCAUCCACGUAGCCAUAGAUAAAAGAAGCACGCACUCAGACGCAGCUUUCCGAAAGAAGUGUUAUCAAAGUGAGUGAUAUUAUGUUAAGUGAAUAAA